CCAAAGACAGAGAGAGAAACUACAAUAUAUAAAUGAGAGAGGAGAGAAGGAGAGAGAGAGAGAGCCUUUUGGAUCUGCCUCUCUUCGUUGGUUAAAGCCCCCACCCCCCAAAAACUCCCCUCUGCUUCAUUCCAACCAUGAGGAUCAGAAAGCACGCUAAGAUCUCUCCCCUCAUGUUCUCUUCCUCUGGUCUUCAAACCGAGACUCUCUUCCAGACCCACAUGUGCCAGCUUAACCAAUCUCCAUGGGACGUUAUCACUUUCCCUCCUUCAGACCCCGCAACGCCACAGCCGCCGCCUCCUCCAUUUCAGGUCGAUGGAGACGACAGCUUUACUGGAAAUGGGAGUUUAGGAGAUUCUGUCGGAGCUGUCGAGAGCGUCGAGUCAAUGAAAAUCUCUUUUAAUGUUGAGGAGGAGAACAACACGAAGGAGGAGUUCGAUGCUAUGAAAUGGGUUUAUUCAGAUAGUGUUAAGGUCUAUCAUGGCAUUGAGAAAGGUCAAGGUGAGAAUGGGGAGGAGGAGGAGAGAGAAAACAAUCUAGGGUUUAAGAAAGAACACCAAUCCAUUUUGUGCUGCAAAACUGAUGGGAAGGGCUGGCAUUGCAAGAGAGAGGCUAAAGAAGGGCAUUCAUUGUGCCAACACCACUUGACCCAACUUCAAAACUACACCAAUUUGGCUCACCCCACUGCCGCCGCUGCCGCCAAGAAACACGACAAGGCCGUCGAGAAUCGCCGCCGUCCUCGUCCCAAGAAGGCUUCAGCAUCAUCCAAGAAUCCGAACGAGUUCUACUAUUAUUCGGGCUUCGGACCACUAUGGGGCAAAAGGAGAGGGCCCGGAAGAGUUGAAAAAGAAGCUGAGCUCAAUAAAUGUAUCGGUAGUGAAGCGCCUGUUAAGCCCGUCGUAGUCUUGGUCGAAACUACUACAUCACCAUCUUCAUCUUGUCAAAUUUGUAAAGAGAUUCGUAACAACCAAGAAUUUGAUUAUGUUGAGGAUGAAGACGAAGAAGAAGAUGAAGACGAAGAUGAAGAGAAUGGCGAGGUUGAAUACAGGAGAGUUCGAAAACCGAUUAAGGCUAGGUCAUUGAAGUCUCUAAUGUGAAGAGGGAGAUCGAUAACGGGACUAAGGAUAUUUGUGGUUGUGCGUUGUUGUUGAUGAAUGUAUUGAAAUUAUCAUAAUUGUAUUAGUUUUAGUAUUGGUCAAAGUACUUUUUAGAUUGCGUUUUAUCAUCGGUGAGAAUAGCAGGUCUUUUAUCGAAGGUUUACUACUUUAAUCUCAAUAGCCAAUCCUUGAAAUAUAAGGAUAGAAACGUAAUUUAAUAUUUUAUAAAAGUCAAUGGAUUUUUUCCUGAGGUCCGUG